GGGCGCGGGCGCCGCGCGCGAGCCGGCGGCCGCCGCAGGAGGAGGGAGCGCUUCAAGAUGGCGGCGGCGGGGCCCGAGUCGGGGGGCAGCAGCGGGAGCAGCGGCGGCCUGGCGGGAUCAUCUACAUUCAAAAAAUCACUCACCCCUGAGAUGCCAGGUGGUUCUGGGCAGCCAGGCUCACAGACGAUAAAGAAAGGGCACAGAGGAGUGGACUCCACGGGCGAGACUACCUAUAAAAAGACGACAUCAUCUGCCUUGAAAGGUGCCAUUCAGCUGGGCAUUACACACACAGUUGGAAGCUUGAGCACCAAACCCGAAAGAGAUGUUCUCAUGCAAGAUUUCUACGUAGUAGAAAGUAUUUUCUUCCCCAGUGAAGGGAGCAACCUGACCCCAGCUCAUCACUACAAUGACUUUCGGUUCAAAACCUAUGCUCCAGUGGCCUUUCGCUAUUUCCGGGAGCUCUUUGGGAUCCGACCAGAUGACUAUCUGUACUCGCUCUGCAAUGAGCCACUCAUUGAACUUUCAAACUCCGGGGCCAGCGGAUCCCUCUUCUACGUAUCCAGUGAUGAUGAGUUUAUCAUCAAAACGGUUCAGCACAAAGAGGCUGAGUUCCUGCAGAAGCUGCUGCCUGGCUACUACAUGAAUUUGAACCAGAACCCAAGGACGCUGCUGCCAAAGUUUUACGGCUUGUACUGUGUCCAGGCCGGAGGCAAGAACAUUCGCAUCGUUGUGAUGAACAAUCUGUUGCCACGCUCUGUCAAAAUGCACCUGAAAUACGACCUGAAGGGCUCCACCUACAAACGCCGAGCAUCCCAGAAGGAGCGAGAGAAGGUCUUCCCAACAUACAAGGACUUGGAUUUUAUGCAGGACAUCCCAGAUGGCCUCUUCUUAGACUCUGACAUGUAUAAUGCCCUGUGCAAAACGUUACAAAGAGACUGUUUGGUCCUGCAGAGCUUUAAGAUCAUGGAUUACAGUUUGCUUGUUGCGAUCCAUAACAUCGAUCUGGCACAGAGAGAGCACGCGAUGGCAGAUGGGACGUCCCAGGCGGACACGCGGCGACCCGCUGCCCAGAAGGCUCUCUACUCGACAGCCAUGGAAUCCAUCCAGGGAGAGGCCCGGCGAGGUGGCACCAUAGAAACAGAUGACCAGAUGGGGGGCAUUCCAGCCCGCAACGCGAAGGGGGAGAGGCUGCUGCUGUACAUCGGCAUCAUCGACGUGUUGCAGUCCUACAGGUUUGUCAAGAAGCUGGAGCACUCUUGGAAGGCCCUUGUACACGAUGGGGACACCGUAUCUGUGCACAGACCCAGCUUCUACGCCGAAAGGUUCCAACGGUUCAUGUGCAACACAGCGUUCAAGAAAAUACCGUUAAAGCCAUCCCCUUCGAAGAAGAGCCGGUCUGGCACAACAGUCCCUCGGCGGAGCUGUCAGGGAGGAGUGCCUUCCCAGUCGCACAUGUCGUGCGAGACAAAAGCACAAGUAACGACAGAGGUGGAUGUAGAGCAAGGUUCCCACCUUGGUCGCCCAGAUCUGCUGCCCAGGACCCUGCCGGUAGAUGAAGCUAACAGCGAUUCCAUCGCAACAACCCUCUCCACUUCCUCCUUGGGCAGCGGCGGCCUCAACUCGCCCGCAAAUAGGUCAGUGGGCGUACAAGUGCAUAAAGCUGACAGCUCAGCAAAGGAUUUGACUAGAACAGCUCCCGGCAUCUUCCUGUCUAGCACGGCCUCGCGCCUGCCUCAGAAAUGUUGCCCCAUGCCUCUGUGUGCGGUAUGCAGCCUGUGUGUGGAAGACGUGCUCUCCACGGUGGCGUAAGCGAUACCGUGCAGGCGCGGGUGCCCGCAAGGCUGGGAUUCCCCUGCUCCUCAGCCCUUAACCUCUGUCCUUAACCCCUGACAGAAGCGUGCUGGCGCUGGGGACGCUUAGCCAUCGGCAUGUGCCGCUGGGAAUGGGAGCUACUGACCGGUGUCCUGCGGCAAGGGCUUCCAGAGGGUGGUCCCCUCCGUUUGAGGGGGACACUUUUUUUUUUUCUCUUAAGCACUGUAGUUUAGCAGUGGACUUGGUAGUGUUAGGUUAAUGGCGGGUCUCAAUCUUUAAGGGUCUUUUCCAACCUGAAUGAGUCUAUGAUUCAUCCUGCAGCCUUGUGUUAGGGCAGCGCUGCUUAGUGCUAAUUAAGACAAACCUGAGGGGCUACACGCGCUGUAACCAACGCUGAGCAUCCUCGUCUUCAGUUUCCGCGUAGGUCAAAAGCAGCGAGUCGCCGGUUAGAGAGCUCGGCGGGGGAGGAAGCCAGAGCAGCUCAGAGUAACCGGGCACAUAGGUGAGGCGUGAGCAGGCAGAGAGGGAGCUGGGCCAGGAUCCCCGCGUCUCCGUUCGGGUGUUCAUCCAAGGGCGUUUGCGCGGGGUGACGUGCAGCCCGCUGACUGAGCAGCCCGACGCCUCCUGCGCUCUAGCAGCGGGCGAUCCCAUCCCCAGUAAUUAAGGCAACCGCUGUGGGCAGGCUGUGGCAAGCCCUGGGUGUUAGG